AUGGGGUUGGAGAUGGGGAUCAAUCUGGGAGCAGCAACAGAAGAAGAGGGGUGGUCGGGUGGUGUGCAUGUCACUCUAGAGUGUCCUAGGGAUGCAGCGUGGAAACUGUUUUCGGACUUCGGAGGUUUGUGCAAAUGGAAACCAGCAAUCACCGUGUGUGAUUUGGUGGAGGGGAAAGACAAUGAAGUGGGAAGUGUUCGGUACUGCAGAGGGACGCUUCCAGAUUCGUGGGUUCAUGAGUGGCUACUUGUGCACGAUAAUGAGAACUAUCUGCUGAAGUACCGCAUGGAGGGGAACCGGUUUCGGUUCCCUGAAGGUGUUCAAGGCUACGUCUCUCAAAUUCAGUUUCAUGCCGCAGGGAAAGGAAAGACUUCAGUAGAUUGGACAUACUCCGUGCAACCCGUGGCCACUCAGACCUACGAGCAAUUCCCCAAUUUUAUGACGGCAUACGGAAAGGGAUCAGAUUCACCUGUAGACGGCGUGUUUGAUGGAGAGCUAAUGCUUGCUCAGUUGCCCUCUUUCGAACUCCAUGAUCCUUGA